AAUGGCCUCCGUAGCGAAAACGGGUGCUGAGGCACUGAGGAAUGCCCCCUUUAGGGUGGGCAAGAAGCAGAUCUUCCUGCCAAACCACGUCAUCACGUUCGUCCGCCCGCUGCCCAAGCAGCCGCCUAACCUCGCGACCUUCAUCGUCCCCCUCGAGUUCAACAAGCUCGACCUGCGCGACUACCUCUACCAUGUCUACAACGUCGAGGUGACGGGUGUCCGCUCCUUCGUCAACCAGCGCAUGCACGAGCAGAGACACGGCGAUGUCGGCAACUGGCGCCGCCCCAAGUCGCAAAAGAUGAUGAUCGCCGAGCUGGCCAAGCCGUUCGUCUGGCCCAAGCCGCCCGCUGAGGAUGCCCGCGAAGCAUUCGACUACGCCAUGUGGAAGAAGCAGAAGACGGCGCAGGAGCAAGAUACUAAAUUCCAGGGUAUCAGGGCCCAGGGUGAGGUCGUGCCGCCGUCGCAGUUUGAGGUGACCAAGGACCGCAAGGCCAUCAAGGCACGGCAGAGCAAGUUCCUCUCGGGUGAGGAGACAUGGGCGCCCGGAAAGGUCAACGCAUUUCUGAAUUCGAAGAUUGUGCCGGUGGAGGAGGGAUGGUCCGAAGUAGAAGAGAACCUGCCUUUGGAUGAGUCGGCGGAGGCUGCCGCGGAGGAGAGCAGCAGCAAAAGUUCGGAGACUAGGCAAUGAAUAUGAGGGCCAGCCUUCUUGACUGUGUUGCACCUAUUGAAUUGGGUUCUGGGCUGAGUAGGGAAUGGGUGGGACGAAGGGAAGUGACAGAGCGAGGAAACUUCAAUCGUUCAUACAAAAAGAAACGAUAAUCUUGGAGCGGAUAGAACUGGCUUGGCGGGAAUCUGAUUGUAUGAUACAUGACGCACCUGUUGGACGGGACAUUUGCGAUUUUACCGUGUAACAUGUAGGAUACGAUACAGAAGUAGACCGGGAGCAGCACUAGAAGGCGUUCCGGUUGUCUAUACUGCUUGCCUCACCGUUCUUUUGAUGGAACGGGCAGCCCUUCUUCUUCUUCUUUUUCCGCAACAAGUUCUACCCAACAACUACGGUGCUGAAAUAGCAGACACUGGUCGCCCCAGCUCCACCACCCUGCCGUCAGGUUCCGGGCAAAAACCUCCAAAGCUUGAUAAUCGGGCGGCAGAAGGUCGGCGAACAAACCUCGCAAAUUGGGUUUCCUGGAAUGGAGGUCCGGCACUGUUACGAUGACCUUGGUCUCUAUAGGACUUCGCUUCUUGACACCCGGACCGGUUCCACGUUUCCUCGCGAGCAGAAGUCGUUCCCACGGUUUCCUCCAGGCGCAAUCAAGACUCACAAUGGGCUCUCCGCCGGUGGUCACCUUCAGC